AUAAUGCACUUAAAUAUACCGAAUGCUUAUUCAGAAUCCCGCGUUUUAUGUAGUAGCAGCAAAGCGAAGCAAACUUUUUAAGAAAAUAAAUUAAAUAUAAUGCCAGAAGCGCCGGAAGCUGCCGUUGUGGAUAAACGCAAUAAUUUGCCAUGGAUCGAGAAAUAUAGACCGGUCAAAUUCGAAGAGAUUGUGGGCAAUGAAGACACUGUGGCCCGUCUCUCUGUCUUCUCCACGCAAGGCAAUUCGCCCAACAUUAUCAUUGCGGGACCACCGGGCGUGGGCAAGACAACAACGAUUCAGUGUCUGGCACGCAUUUUGCUGGGCGACAGCUAUAAGGAUGCAGUGCUGGAAUUGAAUGCUUCCAAUGAACGCGGCAUCGAUGUGGUGCGCAACAAGAUCAAGAUGUUUGCUCAGCAGAAGGUGACAUUGCCACGCGGACGGCAUAAGAUUGUUAUACUGGAUGAGGCAGACAGCAUGACGGAAGGUGCCCAGCAAUCCUUGCGACGCACCAUGGAAAUCUACAGCAACACAACAAGAUUUGCACUUGCUUGCAACACCAGCGAGAAGAUCAUCGAACCGAUUCAGUCGCGUUGUGCCAUGUUGCGUUUCACCAAGCUAUCGGAUGCUCAGGUGCUGGCCAAGCUAAUUGAAGUGUGCCAACUGGAGAAGCUCAAGUACGAUGAAGAUGGCUUGGAGGCAAUUGUAUUUACGGCCCAAGGUGACAUGCGACAGGCGCUGAACAAUCUGCAGUCGACGGCACAGGGAUUUGGCGAUAUCACUGGAGCAAAUGUUUUUAAGGUGUGCGAUGAACCGCAUCCCAUGCUGUUGCAGGAUAUGUUGCAGCAUUGUGCCGCCAAUGACAUUCACAAGGCGUAUAAGAUUCUGGCGAAAUUGUGGCGUCUUGGCUAUGCACCGGAGGACAUCAUUGGCAACAUCUUUCGUGUGUGCAAACGGCUCAAUGUGGAUGAGCAAAUGAAAUUGAAUUUUAUACGAGAGAUUGGCAUAACGCACAUGAAGAUUGUGGAUGGCUGUAAUUCCCUAUUGCAGCUAACGAGCUUGUUGGCCCAGCUGUGCACGGUCGCUGAGUCGCAUUAGAGAUCAGAAACAUUUAGAAUUACUCAGUUUAGUUGUAAGAUCAAGCUUGUUAAAAAAGUCCAGUUUAAUUUACAUAAAGUACAUAACCAAAUGAAAACUAAUUCAUGA